AUGAGUACGAAAUCGUUUACUUCAUUACUUCCAGAGCCUAAAAAUAUUAAUACUAAUAAUGAAAUUGAGGCUAUAAGGUCUUUACCAUCGAGCAAUGAGCCUAAGGGUGAUGAUAUAUUAGUUAGUGUUGCAGAGCAAAAUAUAGCGUCAGAGGUCUCAUUUCAGGAUUUCAUUCCAAUUAGGCAGCGUGAUUUUGAUAUAAACAUUCCUUUACCCUCUGAUGCUAGUGUUAAUGAGACAUAUGUGAAGACUAAAGCUUUUUUUGAUACAUUAAUAAACACGAAACUUCGUGCAGCAGGCGAUAAUAGAAAGACCCACGAUAGUAUAGACGAGUCCAUUAAGGUUCAAGGCGGAUUUGGUAAUCAGGAGAAUGAACGUAUCGUCAGGGUUGUAGACCAUGUUUCUGACCCGCUUCAGCCUUCGCAUAUGAAGAUUAAAAAGGUUCUUGCAAAACCCUCAGAGGAGCCACCUGCUCCUAUUUUGCAUAAAAGUGAUGCGAGGCUUUCAAAGGAAGAGCGGGACAAGUGGGAAAUUCCGGCUGCUGUUUCUAGUUGGAAGAAUCCAAACGGAUAUACUAUAGGACUCGAUAAGAGGGUAGCUAUGGAUGGGAGGUAUACAGAGUCCGAAAUGGGUGGCCAUGAACUCAGCGAGAGAUUUGUCGAGUUAGCUGAAGCAUUAGAUUUUGCAGAUAAGAAGGCCAGGAAGGAGCUUGCAGAGAAGGCGGAAGCAAGGAAACAACUUGCAGAAUUAGAGUCCAGAGAGAAAGAGGAGAAACUUCGAAAACUGGCUCAAAAGGCUAGAGAAGAAAGAGAGAGGUCCAGGUAUCAACGAAACCAGAAAAACAUGGGUCCUGAAGUUGAGGCUUCUCGUAGAGAGUACGAACGAAAUCAAAAAAUGCAGCAAAUGGACAAGGAGGUACGGUUAUCGAAACUAAGUACCGCGGACAAGUUAAGAGCUUUGGCGCAUGCGCAAGGGAGAGACGUAUCUGAAAAAGUAAUAUUGGGGGCUGCAAAAUCUUCAGACGCUCCAGAAGUGCAUUAUGAUGCGCGAUUGUUUACUAGAGGAGCCAAUGCAGCAGCAAAACGCUCAGAAGAUCAAACAUACGAUACUCCAUUAUUCUCGCAACGCGACCUAGGUUCAAGAUUUAUAUCAGCGAAGUUUACAAAGGCUGAAACAACAAUAGAAAAAACGAUUAGUAGCAUAAAAGAGGACGUCCGGUUUGAUGAACUCCACGGAAAACGUUCUAGGGCAGGGUCAGAAAACUCAUCUGAGAUGGAUCAUAAGAAUGAUGAUGACUCUAAGGUUUACGGUCUCCAGGUUAAAAAGCAUAAAAGUUAG